AUGCUCCUCCCGCUCCUCCUCACGGUAAUACCCCUUCCAACCGCCGCACAACGCGGCUUCCCUGGCGGCACCGCCACGAUGCUGCGGUUCGGCUGCUCCCAGCUCGUCAUCGACCGCAUCGAUCCCCUCGUGAACCCCGGCGUCGCUCCCUCGCCCCACAUGCACCAAGUGGUAGGCGGCAACGCGUUUAACGUCUCCAUGCCUUAUACAGACAUUGCCGAAAUCGCCACAUGCACGACGUGUAGCUUCGCAGAUGACUUGAGUAACUACUGGACGGCGAAUUUGUACUUCAGAGCGAGGAAUGGGACGUACAAAAGGGUUAAGCAGGUUCCGAAUAGUAAAGGGGGUGUGACGGCGUUCAAGCCAGGCUUCCGUAUGCUCACGGGUGACGCCGCGCGUCGGGAAAAAGCCGACAUGAAGUCACAAACCUGUUUCCGGUGCUUCGACGGUCCAGGAUUCGACGGUGACUUUCUCGCCCCUUGUGCCGACCCUGCUCGAGAUACGGAAGAACUCCCUCAGAAGCCCUGCUACGGCGUAAGGUCGAAUAUUCUGUACCCAACCUGUUGGGACGGCCAAAACCUCGACUCACCCGACCACAAAUCGCACGUCGCCUACCCCGUCGCCGGCCCUCAAUUGUUCACAGGCAACCAAGUAGGCGAAGAAUGCCCUCCAACUCACCCCGUGAAAAUCCCCCAACUAAUGCUCGAAAUCAUCUGGAACACAACCGAGUUUAUGAACAAGGACGACUGGCCCGAGGACGGGAAGCCCUUCGUCUUGUCGACGGGGGAUACCACGGGGUACGGACAGCACGGGGACUAUGUGUUUGGGUGGAAGGGGGAUUCGUUGCAAAGGGCGCUGGAUAGUAGUUGUCUGGGGGCGAGGUGUGCCGAUUUGAAGGUGCAGAGCGUGGAGGAGGCCGGGAGGUGUAAGGUGCCGGUGAGGGUGGAGGAGGAUUUCGAGGGGUGGAUGGCAAAGCUGCCUGGUAAUCCGAUGAUGGAGUGGGGGAAGUGA